GAAUCGGCGACGCAUCGGCAGGCGUCGUUUCGAGCCUCAUAUAUUCUAUUAUCCGCGUCUCGCAACGAAGGGGGCUGGAACGGGGGUCCGGGAGGAUGCGUUAUAGGCGGACGCGCUUCGAUGUGUUAUUCCGGGAGGAGAGUUUUACGAGCGGAAUACGAGCCGCCGUAAUAAAGACGUCGCGCGCGACCAGACCGAGGAGAGGAUGGCCCGCGAGUAUCGAACGCUCGCUCUCCUCGGAGUAGGAAUAAGCCCGCGAUAAUUAGACUGCGAGAACUCCAGCUGCGAUUAGCGCGACGCGGAUUAGUUGCUCCGUGCGUGCAUCGGAAUCCUCCCCGACACGGUGGGAAACCUGCGCCGGCGGCGAGUACGUUUCCAGCUUCGCGGAACCGGACAAUAAUACGAGGACGAGAAUUCCGAAACCGUGAGAGCUGGUCGCGAUGCGAAAGCUCCUCGGGCAGAAGAACGGAAGCCACAAGAGGGAGAGAUGAUAAUUAUUUUACACGACAGUACAAUUUUGUGCAGCCUCGUCAUCGGACGAUCUAUCGCUUCGCCGCUCUCCAAUGUUUGGCUGAGCCCGAUACCGGCCCUCUCGCCGUUGAGGCAGUACCACCUUCAGGACGGCUCGGGAUCUUAUCAAUAUUCCUUCACGGGGCCGCAUCACGCCAAGGCGGAAACCACCUUGAACGGCGUCACGCAGGGUGGAUAUUCCUACAUUGACGCAAAUGGAAUUUUGCAAACGGUCUCGUACACGGCGGACGAUAAGAAUGGAUUCAGAGUAAGCGCGAGCAAUCUGCCGCAACCACCGAAGGAUGAACAGCAAGCUACACAGGACACGGCGGAAGUGGCCGCGGCGAAGAGAAAUCAUCUCGAGGAGCUGCAGAAGUCGCAUCAGGCCAAUUGGCAGGAUCAGAAUCUUCUGUCGUACAAGAUCGUGCCGUCGUACUUCAGCUUCGCCCAAAUCCAGCCGGACAGCAGCGGCAAAGCUGAACUGAAUUUGAAGACGCGAGAGCUAGAGGGUACCAACAAUCCCUUCUUGUUAUCGAGAUCGGAAGCGGAUAGAAUCAGCGUUCCCAAGCCGGAUCCGAGCCUCUCGAAGGUAUCGCCCACGUCUUCGGGUCUCACCAGCACUAUCGCCUCGUCGUUAGCACCCGCGACGUCACUAAGGGAGAACACGCUCCUCAAGGACGACGAACGGACGUCUAAUCAGAAUGCCCUGCACUUGGGGAGGCUGGUGCCGCUUGGCAACAUCCAGAAACGGUUAGCCUUGCCCGCGCCCUACGUGCUUCCGGUGAUGCCUUACCGAUUCCUUCACAGCUCGCUGCAUCACACCCAAGACUCCCUCGGCCAAUACGAUUACAGUUACACCGGGGACUCGAGCGCCAAAACCGAAUCCAGGUCGCUCGACGGCACAACCAGAGGGGCCUACAGUUACAUCGAUCCCAACGGGAUUCUUCAGCAGGUGCAUUACAUCGCCGAUCACAACGGAUUCAGAGUCAUGGCAACUAAUCUGCCCGAAGCGAAGUGAUCAUCGUGUCGGCGCAGUAGAAAAUGUCCCGCGGGGCGUAAAAGCGUUCGAAGUGCGAUGUCAUGUAUCAAACAUUAAUACCGCACACAAUUUCCUUUCCUGAAUUUCGAAUUUGUCAGCGGCUCUCAAUCUCGCGGAAGAAUCGAGCUAAUAUCGUUUACGAGCUCUCGUCCGGUAACCGCCAACGAACAGUUACGUAACGGCAACAAUACAAUUUCUCAUUCAACAAUAUAAAUGUAAUAUAACACAUGUGGUGCAUAACAGUUACAUUGUUGAGCGGAAAAUUAUAACAUUCAUGUUAUGUAACCGUUAGUCGGCGCUUACUAAACAGUGGCAGAAUGUAUUUUUGUAACUUUCGAUCAACAAAUUCGUUUCAGACAAACAAUAUUAUUCGACCGCAACUGGCUACGAAUUCAAUUCGACGAAACUUAAUGCGAAAAGUAUUACCUCAGCCAGGAUUCGCUCGGUCAAAUUCAAGUUUUCAAUCAAGAGAGCACGGCGAAAAGAUUAAGUGAAUACACAUAUUUCGUGUAUUUAUUUCACGCAUCUUGAUUGCUUUGUUGAAUUACUCGCGACAGCCGAGGAGCAGGAAGAAGGUGUACCAGAAAAUUCGUAUUCAAAUGUAACGUCUCGCGCAAUAAGUAUCGGUGUCGGGGAUUGGAGGAAACAUUACGCGAAUGCUUCUCGAGUUUGUUCAACGAUUGUUCUCGCGGCAACGCGGAGGAACGGACUUGAUUCGUAUUCGAGUAUCCUCCUACUCUUUAUUAUUUUUUUUAUGUUAAGCUUACUUCGCGCACGCGAUUGCGACCGGAUAAAUUAUUUCACGUUUCGCAAACAUUCCUUUAUUAUCUUUAGAUCGAAAGGCGUUAAUGAUGUCAUGUUUUCCAGAUUGUUAGUAGAUUGCACUUAUUGAUCAUAUUACGUAAAUACAGAUGAAAAAUGCAA